AUGACUACACCGAUGAUCAGUGCAUGUUCACAAGAGAGACAAGUGACUGUGAGAGACUGUAUAGUAUGGACGUCUUGGGAGUCGAGGACAGAGGAGACACCAACACUGAAAUUCUGAAUAAGUUUACAGAGAACAUUACGAGAAAGGAGGACGGGAGGUCAGUUUUCCAUGGAUUUCAGGGAAAAGACCGUCGGAUACAAACGAACAGCAGAGUAGGAAACGGUUACAGAAUGUCGAUAGAAAAUUAGAUAAAACCCAUGAACUAAAGCGAGUGUACAACAACAUUAUAAGCGAACAGUUAAGCCAAGGAGUAGUGGAAGUAGCCCCAGACACCCCCACUGGGGACCGGGUUUACUACAUGCCGCACAAACCGGUUGUGCGCCAAAGUGCUACCACAACAAAAGUACGAAUGGUCUUCGAUGCGAGUGCAAAACCUAAUGCAUCGGCUGAGAGCAUAAACGAUUGCAUGUAUACUGGCCCUCCGUUGCAACCAAAUCUGUGGGACAUCCUAGUGCGAGCACGGUUAAUGCAGAAUCUUAUAUUAGCAGACAUCCAGAAAGCUUUUCUUCAGAUUGAAGCGAAGGAAGAAGAUCGUGAUUCCUUCAGAUUCCUACACACCGUAAAUGGCAUGGAGAAACACCUACGAUUCACACGUGUGCAGUUCGGAGCGGAGGCUAGCCCCUUUGUAUUAGGUGCAACAUUGCAACACCACCUCGGAAACCAACCCCUGAAUAUCAAGAUACCGUCGACGCGUUGA